AUGCCCUCUCCGCUCAUCUUGGGGCCAAGAGAGGUAGGAGGGGGCCGGGCGGGGAGGGGGCACGGUGGGGGUCGCGACUCACCCGCCCCUAUUGCAGGGCUGUGGGGGUUGGUGAACAACGCCGGCGUCGCCAUCCCCACCGCCCCCAACGAGUGGCUGAGGAAGGAGGACUUUGUGACGGUGCUGAACGUCAACCUGGUGGGGCUGAUCGAGGUGACCCUCAGCCUCCUGCCGCUGGUGAAGCGGGCGCGGGGCCGCGUGGUGAACGUGGCCAGCGUGAUGGGCCGGCUCUCCGGCUUCGGGGGGGGUUACUGCCCCUCCAAGUUCGGUGUGGAGGCCUUCUCCGACAGCCUCAGGCUUGAGAUGCAGCACUUCGGGGUGAAGGUGAGCAUCAUCGAGCCGGGCUACUUCAAGACGAGCAUCACCAGCACCGUAGGCCUGGAGAAGAGCUUCCUCAGAACCUGGGAGAGGCUGCCCAAUGAAACCAAAGCGAGUUACGGGGACAAAUACCUGCAGGACUUCCUGACAGCCAUGCGGCAGGCAGAGAAGAGGUGCAACCCCAACCUCUCGCUGGUGACGGACUGCAUGGAGCACGCACUGACCAGCCGCUACCCGCGCUGCCGCUAUGCAGCUGGCUGGGACGCCAAGCUGUUCUACAUCCCGCUCAGCUACAUGCCCUCUGCCAUCACCGACGCCUUCUUCACCUGGUCCUACCCCAAACCUGCCCAGAAAGUGUGAGGCAGCGUGGGCGGAGCUGGCAUGGCCCCACAGCUCAGAUCCCACAUCAGCACGCGCUGCACAGCACCGCCGCGGCUGGCAAACUGUUUGCUGCUGAAUAAAGAUGACCUCCUCCUCCCCGUA